AUGGCGUCUGAAGACCACGGGGGUGCGCAGAAGGCCGGUAGUGGCGGGGAUUCGGUCACGUAUGACGGCAAGGAGUACGAUGUCAUUCAGGAGGGCAUGGCGAAAAUACUCGUGCCUGGAGGCAUGAAGGAGAACAAGGACAAGAACGCCCAGCAGGUCUUCUACAACCCCAUCCAGCAAUUUAACCGCGAUCUCUCUGUCCUUGCUAUCAAAGCAUACGGCGAAGAGGUCAUUGCCAACCGCAAGGGGCAUCCCGCGGCGAAACGUCUCGACAACAAAGAGAAGAAGAGAAGACGUGGCGACGAGAACGAUGGCAACGACCGCCCUGCCAAGGUCCAAGUAUCCGAGGGCGAGGGGGAGGUUGAAGUGACGAUCACAAAGUCCAGCGACGCACCCGCUGCGCCUGGGACGGCCGCCGAGACUAAGGGCGAUGAGGGAGCCGAGGAGCCAAAAAAGCCCGAGCCCCAGCCUCGCUUUACCGUUCUCGAUGCGCUAUCUGCCUCGGGCCUGCGCGCCCUCCGCUACUCGCACGAGCUGCCCUUUGUCACAUCGGUCACGGCGAACGACCUAACGAAAUCGGCCGCCGAGUCGAUCAAGCUCAACGUCAAGCACAACGGCCUCGAGGACAAGAUUGUUGUCAACCACGACGAUGCCAUCGCCCACAUGUACCGGCGCAUCGCCGACGGCCUCUCCAACAGGGACAGCCGCGGACGGCCCAGCACCAAGAACAAGUACGACGUCAUCGACCUAGACCCCUACGGCACUGCAGCUCCCUUUAUCGACGCGGCACUCCAGGCCGUGCGUGACGACGGCGGCCUGCUCUGCGUCACGUGUACCGACGGCAGCCACUGGGCGGGCCACUGCUACGCCGAGAGGAGCUUCGCGCUGUACGGCGCCGUCCCCGUCAAGGGCAUGCACUCGCACGAGGCGGGCCUGCGCCUGAUCCUGCACACGCUGGCGUCGACGGCGGCGCGCCACGGGCUGCACGUCGAGCCGCUGCUGUCGCUGUCGAUCGACUUUUACUGCCGGCUCUGGGUCCGCGUGACGAAGAGCGCCAACGCCAUCAGCUACCUCGGCGGCAAGACCAUGGUGGCGUACCAGUGCUCGGGGUGCACGGCGUGGGAGACGCAGUUCCUGGUGCGGACGCGGCCCGAGCCCAAGAAGAAGGGCGGCCACUUUUUCAAGCACAGCCUCGCCAAGGGCCCGCCGACGGACGGCGCGUGCCGGCACUGCGGCUCGGCGCAGCACAUCGCAGGCCCCAUGUACGGCGGCGCCAUCCACGACCAGGGCUUCGUGCGGCGCGUGCUCGACCUGCUGCCGACGGCGGAUCCGGCCGUCUACGGGCACGCUGCCGCGCAUCGAGGGCAUGCUGACGACGGCGCUCGAGGGAGCCCGGCAGCAUCAAGACGGACGCGCCGUGGGACACGAUCUGGUUCAUCAUGCGUGCGUGGGUGCGGCAGAAGGCGCCGGUCAAGACGGAGAAGAUCCGGCCGACGAUGCCGGCGUACCGGCUCUUGGGGCUUCGACAAGGAGGCUGCAGAGGAAGCUGCAGAGGAAGCUGCAGAGGAAGCUGCGGUGGCUGCCGCGGACGCUGUGAUGUCUGUCGAAGACGCAGGCGAGGACACGGUUGUGAGGGAGGUGGAGAGCACGGCGAGGCCGCCCGACGAGGCGGCGGCGCAGGACGCGCACAUGGGCGAUGCCAGCGAGGCGGCGGCGGGCGAGGCCAGCGAGGCGACGCUGACGGAGGCCGACCUCCGCAAGACGCUCGUGUUUGACGAUGCGCUCAUCAGGCUGGGCAGGUCCAGGGACAACAGGAAACUCGUGCGCUACCAGCUGAACCCGCGCGAGAACUGGGGACCCAUGACGAGGGCCAAGGGAAAAUGA